AUGCAGCUUGACUUCCAAGGAGUAAUCUUGCUUAUGUGGGGAGCUACCGUGCCAUUAAUUUACUACGGAUUCCAUUGCGACAAAACAUUGCAAUGGGUCUACUGGUCUCUGUCGUCAACAUUCGCAGUGGUGUGCUCAAUCUUCACAUUCCAGCCGCGCUUCAGUGAUCCCCUACUUCGACCGCUCCGUGCUGCGACUUUCGGAACUUUUGCGUUCUCCUCAAUCAUACCUGUGAUCCACGGGAUUGUCAAGUACGGCUGGGCUCUUCAAAGUCAACGCAUGGGGCUCAAAUGGGUCUUGAUCACAUUGGCUCUGAAUACUCUAGGAGCCUCGGCAUAUGCUAUCAAGAUUCCAGAGAGAUGGUUCAAGAGGACAUUCGAUAUAUUCGGUGCCAGUCAUCAAUGGCUUCACAUCAUGGUUAUUCUUGCGGGUUUGGCACACACAGCUGGAGUGCUACAGGCCUUUGACUUUCUUCAUAAUCAUCCAAACGAGUGCAAAACUCUCUGA